GAUUUAUUUAUUAAUUGUGCCUCCUGGGUUUAACCAAAGAGUAACCCUGUUUUACUCAAUUGAUUAAGAACAAAAUUGCAGUUCUUAAGUUUAAGUGUGCUCUUAGUGUUAAUCACCAUCGUGGUUAACUUCUCCGAUCGUGUGUGCAUUCGUCAAUUCACUCCUCCUCGAAAUCGCCGAUCUUUGUCCGUUUCACCAAAAACAAUGGGAUUGGGUUUCGCUAUUGGAUUCGUCGGUGUUCUGAUUCUAUUUCACGCAGCUUAUUCAACCAUCCAAUAUAGGGCUUUGUUGAAAAUUACAGAAGAAGAGUUUUCUGGCUCUCCUUUGAGCGUGGUGUUUGAAUUAUCUUUAGGAUUAUUACUUUGUACUUGGGCUGCUUUGACUGUGCCUGGGAAGUUUUUGUGUAUCCACCCAGAUUCUGAAGAGAAUAGGAUCGUUUCUUUACCUGCCAACUUAGACUUCAUGAUCUUCAACCAUCGAGGCAAAAUCUUUCCUGCUGAAAAGAAUGAGAAGUUGAGACAUUGAAGACUUUUCUAUAAUCGGAUUAAGCAUUCUCAAACAUUUGAUAUCUCUAUUGGUUAAUGUACUAGUUUUUGCAGCUUCAUAAUUUACUUUUUUGUAAUGGACAUCUGCAUAUGAUUUGGACGGGAUGUUACUAUUACUACUAUAGCCAUUUAUUUAUGAUGAGGUAGCCACAAAUUGACCAUAA